AACGAAUCCAAUCGAGAGUGACAGAAUCGCUGAACGAUUGGAUCUGCACGCUUCGCGGAGCAGGGUAUCUAGCCGCUCGGACGCUUUUUCAUCCCGCCUCGUCUUUCAGAACGGCUGGAAAAUAUAAAUUAGGCCACGCGGCCCGUACCGCCGGCCAGUUUGACGAAAGACCUCGAUCGGAGAUGAUUAGAAAUCACAUCGGCGGCUUCUCGCGCGUAUAAAUCGCAAUUUUCUCCCCUUCGCCGCGACGAACGCAAAGUGACAAGCGUCACCUGUUGCCCACAGUUCCUGGAAUUCGCGUUCCCCGAGUAAGCCGAGUAACCAGUGUUUUCUUCCGCGCACCGUGGAGAGUCUGAACCGCGUGGUUCGUCGUCGCGUUCGAGAAGCGAAUUCGAUAUUCAGCCGUUCUACUCGAUUUUAAACUGAUACAGUUUCGUGAUUUACCUCCUCUUCUCAAAAGUGUUGGAAUAAAUUUGUAAAAUAUUUUUAUUAUUUGAACUUCGAUAUUAAGUGUUUCGAUAUUAUAUUGUUGAUAUUUCGCAUAAUAAUUGUGUAAUAAUAUGUGCGUACUGAAAAGUGUAUUCUUACGCUUUAAUAGCUACUGUUAGUCACAUGUCGAACAAUAUUUUCUCAUCUCGGUAAUGGUAUGAAAAGAAGAACAGUCCGGAGAAAUGGAGCAACCACGACAGGUCUAUAAUCUGAUUAUUAUUUUUAUCCUAACGGUCGCGAGCAUCCAAACCGCGUCGUCGUCGAAUCAGAACCUCUUUGCUUUCACCACCACGAUCGACUCUACAAACGGUGAUGAAAUUACAGUAGCCUGGCAGCCCUUAAGUACCACGACGUUGGUCUAUCAGGAUCCCACAACCAAUUUGCCGACCUCGACGAGCGCACAAGCGGAAGAGACCCUCAAUUCGUCGGAUACGAAUGUUCUGAAUCGGUACGCGCGACCAUACGAGCAUAACGACGGCACCACGGAAGACGACGACCCGGACGAGCCGCCAGAUCACGCGAUACCACAUUCGGAACACGAGGAGGCCAGAGACGUGCCGACUCAACCAAAAUACGUGGCUCCUGGACUCUGGGCGAAGCCACCACCUGACCGAAACGUUCCUCUGGACUUCGUGCCGACGAAGCUGCAUGCUCAGGUUCGAGGGAGACACACCGUGAAGAGAUUGCCGCAACGGCAGGCGAUCGAAAACGCGAAGACGGACGAGGAGAGACGUAACGCGCCCAGAUUGAGGAAGGUUGUCACCAACUCGAAGGUUAACACGGUCUACACCGAGGAGGGAUACGAGGACUCGGCGUACGAUCACGCGGGACACAUCAGGGAUGCUGAUUUUCACGAAGGAUUCGCGCGCAAGCUUCACGAUCAAAAGAAAAGCGGACAGGACUCAGGAGAUAAGGAGAGAGAGAAGAAAAACGAGAACUUAGUGCCCGAAGAAUUUAAAGAAUAUGAGGAAGACUAUCAAGAUCAUUUUCACGAAAGCAGGAACUUCGACAAGACGGACGAUGAAGAUAAUCUAAUAAAAUUCGGGAGAAGCAGUUGGGAAGAAUCUGAUGAGAUAGAUCCCAAACUCGUGGCUGAGAAUAAUAUCCAAAGAUUGGAGGAGGACAUAGAGAAAGAUGCCGAAGAGGCCGAGAGAAGUUCGAAGAUACAUCAAAAUGCACAAGAAUCGAAACUUCGCGAUGAUGUCAAGACUGAUAGUUCGGAAUUUGAGGCGUCUCGUGUUGAAGAUAAUUCAAAACACGAGAAUAAGUCUAUCAAGACGAAAAAGAAAAAGUCCAAACUGCGAAAGGGAAAGGACACCAAAGUAAAUAACAAAAGUAAUCUAUCGGGCAAAUUGAAACAAACGAAGAAGCUCCGUCCAGAGAAUCACGGGACAACCGUACUUCCAUUUGAAGAAGCAAGUUUGGCGGAUGUUAAAACGCCGACAACUCCCCACGGUUUCGUAACAAGUUCUCCGAACCCGCAGAUAUAUUCCAUCGAUCAGACGACAUUACGCUACGUCGCUCCGAUCGCAAGUGCAUCGCUUCUACAAGUCGAGGAUGAGCCGACGGUUGAUUAUAGCAAGCUUUUUUGGGAUUAUUUUAAGGUGAGGCAAGAACCAUCGACCACUGAAUCCACGCUCGCAUCGAACUCGACGACCAUGAAUCCACAACGGGAAGCUCAAACGCCAAUCGCGGUCGCGACCAUUGACGGUCACGGUCCAUACCUUUUAGUGACGAGGGAGGAAACCAUGACGUUGCCCCCGACUUUCCUCGAUCCGAGCAGCGUCGCUUUGGAAUUCGGCUCGACUUCCCCUCAAACGCACAGUCGUCAUCUGCUUGGACAAAACGACGACGUCGACUAUGUCGACAACGUGAUAACCACGUCUACAAUUGCGACCUACACCAGCGUGCAACCCUUCCCGUCGUUAAGUCCUGGGGAUACAGAAUAUUCAUCAUCGACCACUCUUGUCGAUACUACGGUGUCCAGCACCGACAGCGGCGACAGCACCCCGACUGUAAUGACACUUAAUUUAACCCAGGAAGCUUACGCGAAGAUGGCCGAUUAUCAAGAGAACCCUUUUCUCAGUCCUGUUCUCGACAACAGCAAAAUCGUCGUUUCCAAAAAUAAGCUCAAGUACAAGGUCCUGGCGAGAGCACCGUCACGCGAGAAGAAACCCGUUAAAUCCAUUACUCACCAGUCGCCCCGUCAACAGGUUCCAUUCAAAGAAGAAAGCGAGUACAAGAAGAUUCGUGACAGGCUGAACGCAAAGUACAACAAAAUGCUGAGUUAUAUUAAGAACAAGCAAGAAAUUAACUUUUUCCCGAAGAAGAAGAAGUUCGCUCCUCCAGAGGAUUUCACCCCGAGGAGGCCGCCGGUUCAACAGGUCGCUUACUCGAUCUUUCUGACGGAUCAUCCCUCGACGGUGAAUCGUUCGAGUGCGCCCGCCGAAAGUGAAUCGUCUCGGGAGACUAACUGGAGAAGCCCACUGCAAAAUCAACAACAUCGUCCUCAAUCCGUUAAAUUGCCGUUCCGUUUCGAUCCCUUCGCUCACGUUCAGCGUCCGGUCUAUCAUAAAAAUUCAUUUCCUACUACGAAACUAUCGCCACCGCUGCCGUUGGCGAGUACUUACGCGAAUUACCGUAGCGGCAAGCCGAACGACGAUCGUUCUCAUCUCGGCGGCAAAACGCAGAAGCGGCGUGACAACGCGUUUAAACAUUUGCCAUUGAGUCCCGAGGCGAACUGGCGAACACGAUCCCGGAGAAAAAGAUCCGACGAAGGUGAAUUUCGCGGUAGUAACGGUGCGGACGUCGAUGAUAAGCGAUAG